AUGCCCGCCACUCCUGCCCCUCGGGAACGAGAUGUCCCCGCGAUGGCGGCCCCUAUGAAUACCCCCAUGCCAAAUUUACCGGCACCACCCCCUCAAUGGCAAAAUGAAUCAAUGCGCCAAUGGCUGCAAACAAAAGCAGAGGAGUAUCGGCGGGAACAAGAGGAGGAACGCACGCGCCAAGAAAGCUACCGGCUGGACCAGAGAAGAGUUGAGCAGUCAAUGCUUCGAGAGUCCCUCAAGGCUGGUGUUCCUCCCUGCAUGGUGCCUCUGAUAUUUGCCAGUAUGGGUGGUGGAUAUAAUCUCCAAUGGAUUCAGCAGCAUAUGUCCCAAUUGCACGGAUGCUCCUCUCAACCGCAUAUUCUUCCUCAGCAGGCAUCCCAUACAAUGCCGCAAUCUCAACCUCAACCUCAACAGUAUCUACCACCCCAGCAGCACCAGCAGAAACAGGAACAGAAACCUGCUCCUCUCCCGUCUCAACCUACGUCCUCACCAGUCGCUCACCAUCAUCGUCCUCAAUACACACAAUCUCAAUCUAUGCCACCCCCAUCUCAGAUGCCGGCAGCUGGUCAAAGUGUGGCUCCUGAAAACCCUUGCCAGAGCCGCAUGAUUCCCCCGAAUCCGUAUGCUUCACAGCUUUCGCCCAAUAUUAAAGCGGGCCACUCCUCCCAACCUGAACCCCUAUCACCAUCAUCCACUGCCUCGUCGGGUUUCUCCAAAAGGUACCGGACGGAGCGGGGGCCAAUUACGACAUCACAGACAACAGCUGGACCAAGAACCGAGGCAUGGAGAUCUACCAGAAUCAGGAAGGCCUGGCGGACAAAUGCAUAUGACUUCGUUGAGCAGCAGCACGGACCAGGGGGAUGUCCAGUCAACAUCGAGAGGACGAUCAAAUUCGGAUCGGGAAAGAUAACGUGGACAGAGCAGCAACAAAACAACGACGACGCGCAAUUUGCUGGUGACCACAAUGGCAGAAGCCAUGGUAAUUACCCUGGCGCCGUCUCACGCGAUGACUCUCAAGGCGGGCGUGGGGAGGGGGGAGGGGGAGGCGGAGGACAUGAACUCUCAGCUUCCUACAACAGCAGGCCCUCUAGCUUCAACGACCCGGAACCGACACUAAUAACUAUCAAUCCCCUGCGGCUCGAUCACCUAUUCACGCUCGAGAGGACCUCCCACAACAAUCCACGGGAACAUAGCGUUCACUGCUAG